GCUUGUUGCAGUGUGUCGUCUGAUUCGAUCGCUGUAGUGUGCUGUCUGCUUUUUUUGGCUGCAGAUUCGGAUUGCACUUGCACGUGUUCUUCUGAAAUGGACGACGAAAACAAAAACGAAAAAGAAGUGCGUAGAAUAAACGCAUUGAUUUGUACUUUGUGUCCUGUCUGCCAGUCACCAUUCAACAACGACUCAGGGAGACCAAAACGUUUGGCUUGUUCGCAUUUUCAUUCUUUGAAAUGCAGUACGAUAAUGUUCAGCCAAAACCAGGAGUGUAUUAAAUGUGGAAUUUGUAGGGGAGUCACCCAGAUUGAAUCGGGACAAACAGUUGAUUUGUCAUUGGAAAGUGACAACAGCUUUCUUGAACUGUCCAUUGGGAAUCAAGAAAUCCAUUCGGACAUGGUUGUCAUGCAAGAGCAACUACGUGUUGUUCGUCAAGAACGGGACGAGUAUUUGCAACAAAGAAACAAUCUCAUUGAUCAGCAAAAUCAAGAUUUCCCCGUCAAAAAACUCCCUCUAUUUGGUCCUCUAACUUCGAUCAUGAAUCGCCCCACUUCUAUAUUCUCUCCUCCGUGGUCGGUUCUAAUUGUUAUGGUUAAUAAAAUAAGGACAGCCAUAGUAACUGACUGCAGUCAAGAACACCUAGAGCGCUGUGCUUGCUCUAUUGUAAUUUUUUGCUUCCAUAUUCAUUACUGCGUGGGAAUGUCCAUCCACCCACCCAAAGAUAAUGAUACCAUAGCUAUGAUUUUGUAUUAUAAGUAAAUACAACAGUUUUGAGUAGUA